AUGUUGAAGCUUGUGUUUUAAUUUCAGAUGACAAUCACGCUGCUGUGUGUCCUUCUGAUCGGACACCACGUACACGCAGUGCUCAACAAGGGUCAAGUAUCCCCUGCCAACGAAGAAAAAACCGAAAAUAAGAUAAAGGCUGACGAUAGGAUAAGCAAUUCGUACGGUCCACCGUCCAAGGAAUACGGAGGUCCGAUUGUAACGGAAUUCAAAGGGCCAGCGCCGGUUUACGGACCUCCUGAAUUAGUAGGCGAUCAAGGACCAACGCCUAUAUACCCACCACCGCCGCCAGACGUACCACCGCCCGUCUAUGGGCCGCCAUUGUCCUCGUACGGCCCACCGCGAAAUAUCAAACCACAUUAUGGACCGCCGAAACAAAGUUUCGGUCCUCCCUUGGCACCUUUGCCAUCCAAGUUCAGCUUCGGUUCCCUGAAACUUCACUACGGACCGCCCAAGCAACACUACGGACCCCCCUAUUUAUUCUCCUCGUUCAGACCACCGAAAACUCACUACGGUCCUCCGUUGAAAUUCACCUCCAACGGUUUAUCCAAUCAAUACCUUUCCGUGGCAUCUUCGAGCCAUGGGUCACCGAAACCAGGUCACGGUCUUCCGAUACCCGUGCCUCUGGAGUCGUACGGUCUACCUGCUCAGCACCUAACCGUUCAGUUCAACUCCCAAACGAGCGACAACUACGGACCACCGUUGCUUCCGUCUCCGUCGAACGGUCACUACGGUCCACCCGGCGGUGAUUUCUACGGGCCUCCUGCGCCCCAUCCGCCGCCAGGAGUCCCAGCCCCACCCACGCCGCCCGAUAUAAAAUACGACGGCUGGCAACCGAUCGCCGGGGACAAUUACGGGCCCACUCACAACGAGCAAAAGGCGCUGGAAGGUUCCUCGAACGUCAUCGAGAACCCGAACGUACCCAACGACUCGUACGGAGUCCCGAUACACAGUCCCGAGGCUCAGGAUUUGAAGAGCUCCGUGCACUCGGGCUCCGUCGAGAACGACGGUCUGCCGCCCCCGCCGUUGCCGCAGUUCGAGCCGUUCCACAACGAGAAUCAAAAUCCGCCCAAGAAGCACGAGCCCGAGAAACUUCUGCAGUACCAAGUACCCAAAGUCAAACCGCUCUCCAUCGUCAAGACAGUAGGUUUCGAGUUGCUGCCCAAUUCAUUGGCUUCAGACUCGAACGGCGCGUCCCUGCCAACCUUGAAAUUACCUGUCCUCGACGUUGGACAUCAGAGUUUCGGAACAGGAGAGUUCCACUCGUUCGAAAAUCUAGGGAACGAAUUACCAGGGAGCUACGGGUUACCGUUAUCGAACGUUCACUUUGGGAAAUUGAACUCCAUCGAGUCUGGACUACCACUGCCGCCCCCGCCUCUGCUCGACUCGUACAGCGCGCCUCCUCUGUCAUCCUACUCAUCGAACGGCCCAUAUCCGGAGGCAGGCAGAGCGUCGUCGUUCUCCGGGUUUUUGCAUAAACAGAAUCCGCAUCAUCACCGUCCUCACGGAUCGUUCAGAGUGCCUCUGUCGCCUCUCGGUGCUCUGAUACCACCCAGGAACCGCGAACCCAUCAAAUUCAGGGAACCCAUUCCCACGGGUCUCGUGAACAACCUGAACCGUUAUGUACCACCGAAACUGAUCAAGCCAGGCUACAAUCCGUUCGAGCAGCAACUGCCCAGUUUGACAGCUCCUGUAGCCUUCAACAAACUGGCCAGCAUCGGCCUGAACUCGCCGAUUGCAACACCGAAUGUCCAAUACGGAACGCCCUUGUCCUUCGGGGACUUCAACACUCCGGCGCCAGUUUUGACUUACGGCGCGCCGAACUUUGGACCAGCCUCUUCGUUCGUUUCCGCCUCUACGGGCUUUGGAAAGAAUCUGUACGACAAUAUUGGCAGCGCUAUUGCAACCACUUAUGGUACUCCAGUGGUGAACGCUCCGCUGUCAUCGAGCUUUGGCCACGACUGUGGUUUCCACCAUUCGAGUGGCGCGCAGUAUAGUUUGCAAGACACUGGGGUUCGCGCUCCAAGCUUCGGAUCGGACGUCCACGGUUUCGCCAGCUCCGUUUCGUCCAGCCACGCACUUCUUCCCGAUCUCAAGCUGGAGCAGCAGAGUUCCACUUUGAAGAACAGCUACGGGGACUUGGACGUUUCGUACGACGCGCUCGAACACGCCGACAACGUGCUGUCCAGCGAUCACAGCCAGUCGUCAGCGAUCGCGAACGUGAUUUCCGCCCCACAGUCCACGCAGUCGGUCGAGAUCGGUGAAUAUAAACACGAGGGUGGAAUAACGGCCGAGGCGCUGACAGCCAGUUUGACGGAGCAAGGAUUCGGCCAGGCGAAGAACCUUGCCGCCAGCGACGUGGAUGCUAGUCAAUUCCUCAAUACACACGAAGGGAGCGAAGCUCUGUCCCUGGCGAAGGGGCUGACGGUCGCCAGCGGGACCGACGGGUUCGAGGUUCAGGGCUCCAAAGGGACGUACACGUUGCAAAUUCAACCUGCAGACGGCGGAUUGGGAACGGAGAAUUCGGAUGGAAGCAUCAGGCACGAUCAACUGCUGAACAACGGCCUCCUGCAGGACAUCCUCGCGGCCAUCGAGCAGCCCAGCCAAGGAGACGUGCAAUUACAAGGUCAUCCGGAGGCGCAGUCCCUGCAACAAGUUUACAGCGACUUGUCGCAGUCUGGAAGCGUGAACGUCCCCAAAGGACACUACAUCACGGUGGAUGAGAGCGUGCAGAGAAACGAGGAAGCUGGCCGCGUCAGCGACAGGAGAGAGGCAGAGUUUAACGAAGCUGAUUCCAAGGAAAAAGAGACUGUUGCUCUUUUCUUCGAUAAUCAAUACGGCGACGCGCGAAAGGAGACCAGGUCUCUGACGAAAAGUGAGACCGUGGCAUCGUCGGGGGAUGGGAAGAACGUUGGUAAAGCAAAAUCCUCGUAA